UCAACCACUUGCGUAUGGGGUCAACCAGAGGCGAACUCCCACCCCUUCUGCCCCUGUUACUCCCUAUAGGUGUCUACGGUCACUCAUCCCGGAUUCGAUCAUGGUGUGGACACAUACCACAUAUCUUCACCAUGGGAAGUUAUUCUGACACGCCAAGGAAACGUCAUUGCUCAGUACAGUGAUCUCCCGCAGGUGGGAGUGGCUCCAACCGUUGGCGACUCUCUCACGUGGGAGUUCCCUCAUCGCCUCAGUCCAACGCCGAGCGGAUUGCCCUCCGAGGCACGCCCCAGUUCUGGACUCGGAACUCGCGUGAUCUUGAAGUUCUGGUGUCGUGGGAUCUCCAAGUAGUUAAGCCCCUCUCUUCGUUGGGGGGGCCCGUCCCGCAAACUCAAGCGGUCACCACGUUCACCUAUCGCAUUAUCUUCGGAACGGAUGGCACGAUUACCGAUCAACUUCUUCCGAAGUCAUCCCGCCCGAUUGCUAUCACGGAGGACAUGGCCUGCUUUGCCGACAGGGAUGGAGAACCCUGGACGCACGUAAUCGAUUUCGAGCAAAACUUAGAAGUACCUAUUGCCGAAGAUGCAUUACAUGGUACCGUCUUCGGCGCCUUCUUGGAGCCCUACUGCACCUUGAUGUUAUUUACUACGGAAUGCGACGUUGUACGCAUCUACCUGCUCCGCAAGAAACAGGGCGCAACUAUCUCUUCGGAGAAGCACGACAUCAUGCAGCACAAUUACCGAAGCGCGGCGCUUGAACCACCUGGUUCCCCAACGAGGCCCCUUGUGCUCCCACGGCUUGCGCCCGACGUCCAAUAUCGUGAAACUUGUAUCCCUCACUGGGGUUGUGUCCUUACCCAUCCUUUUUUAAAGUCGGUAGUGGCCAUCAGGCGCGAACGCGAUAUCGAGCUCUUCGCCGUCAUACCUGACCUGAAGCAGCGGCCGCACCGGCCGCUUGGGCUCACCUUGCCAUCGGAGGAGGAGAAAGCAUCAAUGCGCUCUGUUUUUCACCCGACGGCCAGUUUUUGCUGUUUAUCUGCCGCAGCCAGGAUUCAGUCACCCGCACAAGCCUUCGCAUGGCCAGACUACCUCCUCCACCAUCUUUCUAUCGGUGGGGGGGAGCCGCGUGUGGAGAUCCGAUUAAUAUUUGCGUGUCCCAACAGGCGCAAGGCGAUAUACUUCGUCACUGCAACUGCCUGGUUGCAGCCCCGUCUUCGGGUAACUCAGCUGUAGCCUCGGAGUAUACGCUUUUUGUCGGACUCAAAGAGACGAAGUUGUGGCUGGAACUCCGCCUUAGUCAAGGCAAGGUCGACAAUCCUAUCUCUAGCUUGACAGUGCCGACGGGAAUAUCUGUGCGCGAAAGCGAUUUGCCUCAAGAUCCUGACGACGAAGGUCCGCUGCUGCGUCUCCAGGCACUGCAGGUGGCGGGUGGAGUCAUUGAAAUGCCUCGCUUCAGUACUCCACUGGAACUUAAGAACCUGCCUGUCCGUGCGACCGACCCGAAAGUACUAUCGCUUAGAAGCUUGGGAUUCUGGAACCGCCCCAAGGGUCUGGGCCUUGUGUUGAAGGAAGUUUUUGGUGUUUCGCAACCCAUUCAACCCCUCGCGGUCGAAGCGGAUGCUUUCCAAAAUGCCUGGGUCUGUGCUCUUCCUACUCGAUUGGGGGCGCGUUAUGUUGCGAUCUUGGAAAACAUGGAACAUCCGUCAAAGCCGUGGUUCUUUAGAUAUUCCGAUGUUGCGGCUCAUCAGGCCUGGGAACUUCUUUAUGCGGACGAUACAGUCCUGACCCCUUUCCUUUCCGAAAGGCAACUGUUCAAGGGCCCAAUCUCGAUGCUGUUGCGCGACUAUCUGCGAUAGCUGAAGAUGUCGAUGACCUUCGUUUUGCGGACGGCGACACACCGGAACGCCGAUGGGCCGCAAUUCGUCUGGGUUGUUGGAGCAAUGAUCAUGCCGAGCCCACCACGGAGGAAAACGGAGAUUAAGCCCUCGAUCAUGCGCCAUCUCAUCUAGCAUCCUUUGAAAGAGCUGAUUUGGUGACAGCUUUCUAAUGGCAUGGCGGAUGCACUCGUCCAUGCCUUGCGCUCUCAUGGUCACCAGGAAGAAAGUGAAGUGGGGACUGUCCGACAAGCGUGGGCCGCCAUCGCUGGUCAUUGCAUAACCCUGAGAUCAGUAUCAGUAGAGUGUGCGAUAAAGAAGCUAACUCGGACUGUUCUAUUGCUCGGGUCAAUAAAUUAAAGCCUUGAGGAUAAGGGCGAGUCUAGCUCCUCUUGGGCACGGAAGGCACG